AUGUCUUCCUUUUCUUUAGGUGAAUUGUCUGAAGGUUUAUCUAAAGCGUUUGACUUCAUCGUCGACUCGUACCAUUUACUGAAGAGAAAUAUCAAGCAUGCAAAUGCGCCUUUUGAUCAGCCUUAUCUUGAGCCAGCGCAAUGGUUUUUGACAGAGGAAGAGAUGAUACGAUCACGGAACGGAUCUCAGAGGGAUGGUUUGGAUCUCUACACGACCGGCAAUUAUGUGGAGCUAUAUGUUGCUUCUGCUGAGUUUUUCAGUGACGUCGCCGACGACAUUAUAUCCUUGGGUCAGGGAGACCUAGUGUAUCUCACAGGAUGGGGAACGAGUAAUGUGCCAUUUAAACCGCAAGAAUCCGACACGAAGCUUUGUGACUUAGCUGAGGGUGCUGUCAAUCGUGGUGCUGAUUGGCGAAUGCUAGUGUGGUCUAACAUCAUGGAACGAGCUCAGAACCAUGAGGUGCGCGACCUGAUCAAUGCACUACCACCACCGGAAAAGUAUGGUCCGGCCCGUUUCGUAUACGAUGAUCGUCUACCAUUUCCUACUUCUUCGCAUCAUCAAAAGUCAGUGAUUAUACGUAAGGGUCGAGAACUUCUAGCCUAUGUAGGUGGAGUUGACCUUACGAGUGAUCGCUGGGAUACCGUCGAGCAUGAUCAAGCCGAACUUCGUGAACGUACAGGAAUCAAGGCCCAGUAUAACGGCUGGAUAGACGCCCAUGCUCGCGUGGAAGGUCCUGCUACCAUAGAUAUAGCGCAAAACUUCCUAGACCGUUGGAAUUCAGAGCCCAAGCCAUCACAGGAUUUGAUGGACAAUCUACUCGACUUCGAAAAUCCUCCCUAUUCAGCACUCCCUAACAUUGAUGAGACGCCACUGGAUAUAAUUGAUUAUGGUCCUCACGCCGUGCAGGUGUGCCGCACAUACAGUCCAGAUUAUCGUCACUAUGAUUUUGCACCGCAAGGCGAGCAGUCCAUUUUCCACGCACGGAUCAAAGCUAUUCACAAUGCUCAAAACUACAUUUUUAUCCAAGAUCAAUACUUUAUUCUGGUACCAGAACUGCUGAAAGCAGUUAUUGACAUUAUGCCUAGCAUUGAGCGACUCAUUGUCAUUAUGCAGCGGUCGGUUGAGGCAGAAUACACAGGCUAUGCUAAGUACCUCUUUGACAUGGUGUCUCCUAUUCAAGAAAAAUUUCCCGCUAAGUUUAAACUUUACACAACGAAAAAAGCGCGCGAGCUGUACAUUCACAGCAAACUAGUUAUUGUCGAUGAUGUGUACGUGUCGUUGGGCUCUGCCAAUUGGAACCGCCGCAGUAUGACAAGUGAUACGGAGAUCGGUAUUAAUAUUGUGGACACAGAGCUGAUAAAGUCACCGGAUGAGAUCAUGGUCAAUAAACUCGCUCGCGACUUCCGAAUUCAAAAAUUUAUGGAGGCGACAAAGUUGUCAUACGAUGAACUCGACGCUAUGACGUUUCUCGAGGCAUGUGAUGCAUUAGAGGCUGCAGCUCAUGACGAUGGUAUAAGUUUAAUUGAGCCAUAUGCUGCAGAAUACAAGGCGCAAUUUCAUCUUGUGUCGGAUGGUCUCCGCCAGAUCGUUGAUCCUGAUGUAGUCGAGAAAAUGACCAGUAAGUAA